ACCAGUGCCCAGACGAGUCGACCACCCGACUCCACAUCUCGAUUUACUUCCCGGUUACUUUCUCAGUGCGAAGCAUGGACUGCAGGGUUUUGAUAUUGUGCGUGGUGUUGCCGCAGAUGCGGGCUCGGACGAUCCGCUCGGCGGACGCGAGCGAGAACCAGGUGGACCUGGGUUCGACGCUUGACAAGCCCCCGCGGAGCGAGUUCAUGAGUGACGUCAGGACCGUGUUCCGGGUGUACGAGGAGUGCUCGAAGGACGACUUGAGCUCGUGCCUCAAGUCCAAGUUGGUGUCCGGCCUGGAGCGGCUCUCGCAGCGCCCGGAGCUGGCGCUGACAGAGACCAUCAGCUUCGUCAGGGACGGCCCCUCCCCCUCGGAGAGGACCGAGAAGGCCCUCGGGGAUGCUGAGACGGAGAGCUUCCUCCCCCGCACGAUCGACGAGAGGCAUAGUUUUCUCAAUCAGUUGAUAAUCAAGCAGAUCGUCGAUUUCUUCACCACGCACUCGUUGAAGAUCAAGAUCCCGCUCUUGGAUAGUUUUUUCUUCGGGGAUGAAGGUCGAGGGAAGAAGAACAAAUACGGCUCCCUUCUCCUGAUGCCCUUUGUCAUGGGCGGAAUGAUGAUCCCCUUAGCGUUCGGAGCUUUGGCAUUGUUGGCGGGGAAAGCACUGAUCAUAUCUAAACUGGCCUUGGCACUGGCCGCUCUCAUCGGGAUGAAGAAAUUCGUAGGCGGAGGCGGCGGUGGCCACGCUAGCUACAACGCCGCCUACGAAGUACUCACGCACCCGGCUGGCACGUUCAGGCGGAGCUUCACCGAGGAGGACCUCGCAGCCGCCGCUGCCACGAACCUCGCCUACAGGGCAUACAUCCCUCUCAACGGGGCUGGAACUCCUCCACCUACCGUCACUGCUACCCUUAUAAAAACCUCGUAGUUUCAGGGCCUGAAAAAGAAAUAGAAGUAUGAGGUUUACAAAAGAAGCAAAGAAGAGCAGAUAGUUUAUUUACAGGAUCUGCAUCCUGCAAUGUAAAAAAAUUUUGGUUGAUUUUACCAUACUUUGACACACUCAGUGGCUGUGGUAAUCAAGAAUAGACUCUUAGUAGCAGACACUAGACUGCAUGGUAGACCAAUGACAUGGGGAUAUGGAAAGCUACCAGAGGUAUUUUGUUGAUUAUUAAUUCUCGUAGGAAUGUGUCAGAGUAUGAUAAAAUUGACCAUAAUUUUGUCCAGUCUACUGAGUGGCACGAACUCCCUUCGGUAAGAUAUACCGUCACGAUGGGAAAAAACCACGGUAGAUCUGACAAUAUUAAUGCUGAUUUCAAGUCGAACCUGUUUAAAUUAUCUUUCAGUGCCUUAAUUGAGGAGACGGUACGUUCUUUCUUUCGGCGAUUCUUUCAGUGUUGUUUGGUACCAUUCACACGGUGACAGCAAAAUUACUGUCAGCUUAAAAAUAGAUUAGUCAUUUUGCCCUAUCUAAGUAUCUAAGUUGGACUUGAAAUCAGCAUCCCUUUCUGGAUGAUAAUAGCACGAAGCACGUCCCUUUGAUAAUUCAGCGUUAUUUGGGGAUAAGUAUCUGAGUGCAUCACUUUUUAUCCACUGAUCUUGUGAUGAAAAAUAUAAGCAUUUAAAACCGUUAAAUUUCCUAAACUAGGAUCGUGCAAUGCGUGGUUUUUUCUUAUAAUUUCUGAAUUGGACGAAAAAUGUUUAAUUUUUUAGGAGACCUCAUUUCUCGUGCAAAAAACUUUUUUGAAAAGAUAAGCCAUCUCUUGAGUAUCAAUGUAUUGUCUCAAAUAUAAGGAAGAAAUAAUCUUAGUGUAAUAAUUCAACAAAAUUAUUAGACUUCGAAAUCUUGAAGAUGCAUUGCAGUUUUUCAUCGUUGAAAUAUUUUAAUCAAUUAACCGAGGAGAUUUACUUGUUUAGUUCCAAAAUUGCAGGUUUUAAUUCGACAGCCUUCAGUAAAUUGUGAUAUACCCGUUUACUUUGUAGGCAAUAGCCUAAAGAUUGUCUCCGUGAAUGAGCACUCUCCGAUAAAAUAUGCGUCAAAUACCAAUUUGACCGUUUUACUUAAUUUAUUACUAGCUCUAAAUUAUAUUUUUACCUAUCUUUGUGCCACGCUCGUCUCUUAAAGAGACUGUGCCGUUUUUGUAAAA